AUGGGAUCCGAGGACGUUCAAGCUAUGGAUGGAGUAUGGCUUGCGAGAUACGCCAACUUUACUGUAUCCCGAGCCUGGCAAGGUCACUUUCGGACCACGAGCGCUAAUGAGGUGUGGAGCUAUGCUAUACCACAAUUCGAUGAGCCAAAUCAAGACGGCUCGAGCAGCCUGUCGAGUCGCAUCAACUACCCCGACGCGCCGCCGGAAAUGCGUCCCUUCUACCAACCGAUCAGUGAUGAAGCACACCUGGCCCUGCCCCAACUAAGGCCAGACGUCUUGUAUCUAUUCCCAGAUAGCAGUCAGAUCACGGAAGGUCUGCAGAACAUAAUGUUAGCACGAACAGGCACGGCGAUCGGCGGCAGCGGUGGUAUCAAGGAAGGCAGAGUAAGCAAAACCACAAUCAAGGAUGCAGGUCACCUGUUCCCGUUCGAGAAACCCGCAGAGUGCGCUCAGGAGAUCGCGAAGUGGUUAGGAAACGAUUUGAAAGCAUGGCGAGAGCGGGUGGACUAUGCGAAGAAGCACCGCGAUGAUAAGAGUACGGCGGACCGUCUGCGAUUAUCGGAAGAGUGGAUCAAGCGUGCGAAGGAGGGUUCGAAGCAGAAGACGUUGCCGAAGCUGAAAUUGUAG